UAGCCAGGCUAAUAUAGGACCAAAUUCAACUACCAAAUUCUAACCACCGUUCAUCCAUAAGCCACUCCGUCCGCUCCAGAAAAGCAGAAGCAUGGCGCAUCGCCUCAAACUUCGGAGCGAUGACUUCGACGUGAUUGGCGCCGUUCCACGCGAUCUGUCGGUGAUCAAGAACUUUCUAAAGCGCGAUUGUGCGAUCAAGAAGCUUAUCGAUAUCGAGGAAGAGUUUCUGCAAGAGUGCGUAAACCGCGGAGAGGAUCCAAUGAAGCCGAAGGGAAGGAGUGGCAAUGACAUCGUACCGCGUGGCAGUGGUUUCGGAUCCACAGCACCUGAACCUAAGCCUGAUCCGUGUGCCAGUAAAACACCUGAGAACACAUUGGCAUCUGACUACUGUGAUCCAUGCCGCAGGCUUAAGACAUCCGUAGUACUCGAAGAGCUCACGAAGCCGGCCACUACGAAUCCAGUGUAUAACAAGUCCCUGCCGCCGUACUUUGACGAAGAGAGCGUGGUGGGCAAUUCUUUGCCAGUAAAGUUCCGCUUCCGGCGCAAGUUUAACAAGUGUGACCAGGAGAAGGCCGGAAACCUAAUGUGCACCACAACUCCGAGUACCAAUGUAGUUGUGCUGACAAACUGUUGCGAUGUAAUGGUGUGGCCAAGUCAGCGAGUGGCCCAGAUGAACCGAGUACCAGUGACCACGCUAACGGGUGAAGCUGAUCUCACCGAAUACAUGCUGGAGGAGGAGACAAUCAUGUAAACUGUUGGUGAACCCACAAAAAGGAAACGAUUAUGGAACCUAGUUUGGACUGAAUUCAAUAAAACAUUAGCCCCA